AUGUCUCGAGCUGCUAAAGCUACUUUGGUGGGUUCUAUCAUUGUAUCGGGUUUGACUGUCUGGGGAGUACAUUAUAUGCAGGUUCGAGAAGCUCGGGUGAGUCAAAAGAUUCUUUGCGCUUUGCGCGGGGAAUUGCGAUGGACAUCGAACAGAGCAACUUUGGGAUAUGUCAUUGGGUGAAAUGCCAGAUGAACAGAUUGCCCCGAAGACGGAAUCCAGACACACAGAGUACCUUUCUCGCCUCUCGGGAUGCUUUGAAGCUACGAGCUGAGACGUCACUCCGGCCCUCCACCUCCCCCCUGGGCUCAGAACAUGCAUAAAGGCGUCGAGAGAGAUACGGCGCGAUUAGCAGAGCGAGCGCUGCAGAGAGAGCGAGAAGCAGCAGCUUCCGCACCAUCGUCUUCCACAUCCACAGGCUCCAUGCCCGGCGCACCAUCACUAGCAUCAUCGAGCUCGGAAGAGGAAAAGACGAGACAGAGAGAAGCGAGAGCGUUGGACUUGGUACUGAACAGGGAAAGAGAAGCUAGAUUUCAAAAGUUGCAGCCUACACAGGGAUGGGCUGGAGAGGUGAGUAUCAGAAUUCGUAUGCGAUGGACAGCAGAAGAAAAGAGAAACUGCGCAUGCUGGAGCGACACGUGCGUGUCAUGAGGCGGCCUGCUUCCAAACCGUCUCGCAGUUGAGUCGGAAUGUAUGCUGAAUCGCUCUGUCACUCCACCAAUCCACGUCACCUCCGCCUUAGCAGGACCAACGGUAG